AUGGAUUCUAGUGGAGGUUUACGGCCCCUGGAUGAAUCAUUACUUCGCGAACUUCCCCAACUUUCCCUGCGUAUCGCUCCGCUGCGGGAACCUGUCUCAUCUCGUACGCUCAGCAUUCCAUCUCCCCUGGAGCCAAAUGCAAGUGGAUCCAGGGAUUCCAACGCCAUCUCAAAAUCUACUUCGACCGGUGGAAAUGCCCCCACAAACUCGAAAGCGGGUCUGCCAACAGUGACCGAGUUUCUCAAUGCUGCACGAACUAAAAAGGCCGAGUCUGCCACAGACCCUCAAUCAAAUGUGGAGCCACCACCCAAGCCGAUUCUCCCCGCAUUUGUGAAUCUGCGUGCGCUGGAACGUUUCCCAUUCUCUUCUUCUUUUGACGACGACGCCCUUCACGGCACACGCAAGCGCCGCCGCUUAGACCUACCCGAAUCGUUUAGCGAGCACCUGCAGCUUCCAAUCCCACAGGCACAGAAAGAGCAACGUCCUCCUCCCUUUGGUCCUUUUGCUAUCUUGAAUGGAUUGAAUGAACCUCCGCCCAAUGCUGCUCUCCUUCCUCCUAUCGAAGCAGGCUCGAUCCCUCAGCUCUUGACGAAACCGUCUCGGGAAGAUGCUGCGGUCGAUCCUGGUAUAGUCUCCGCCAAUGGCAACCUUUCAGAGGGCCAACCCAUAGAGCGGAGAGAAGCGAGAAUCGAGGAGCUGCUCGGCGUGACCCUUGAUGACCACAAUGAUGAUGUACAUGAUCAUGAAGACGAACGAAUUACUCCAUCCGAAAAUCCAAUCAUUAAGUCUGUCGUCUCUGAUGCAAAAGUGCAAAUCUCGAAUGAGAUAACCUCGACUCCUGCCACGGGUGACCGUUUGUCCCCCAAGACUCGUGGCAGAUCUCGUAGGAAUGUGAGGAAAUGGACCGAGGAAGAGACAAAUGAUCUCCUCCGGGGUGUGGUGAAGUGCGGUAUUGGUAAUUGGACAGCGAUAUUGGCACAGCCAGAACUCAAGUUCAACAUGCGAACAGCUUCUAAUCUGAAGGACCGAUUCCGGGCCUAUUGUCCAUGGGCAUAUCGCGCGUCUGAUCCAAAUGAAGCAACCAAGGCAUUGCGUGAUAAGCUAGCCAAUGACCUUCUCAAAUCUCAAGCCGAAGCAUCUGACGAACCCUACGGCAAUAUUCGCCUCCCGAUCCAUUCACCUACAAAUGUGGGAUCUGCACCGAGCCCUGGGGCGGGAAAUCCAGACACGAGCGCCCACAAGCCAGCAACCUUGAGCGUACCAUUUGUUAAGCCCGAGAAUAAUCUAGGAAGUGGCACCCCGACUCCUCAACAGUCGCCCCCACCCACGGGCACAGAAGCUUCCAGCAAAUCCAAGACAAGCCUUGAAUCUCUCGGCAUCCCAGAGCCAUUCGUUUCAGUCAAAUCAAAACGUCGCUCGCGCCGGCCAUUCACCACCGCGGAAGACGAAGCCCUUCUCAAAGGCUACGCCGUUCACGGCUUCCAAUGGACCCUCAUUCAACAGGACAAGAGGCUCAACCUCAGUCACCGCAGAGCUACCGAUCUCCGCGACCGCUUCCGUACGAAAUUCCCACACGCUUAUCGAGACGGAGGCUCUGUCAAUGGCAAAGCUUUGAUUCCGCCAAAGCUGGAAACUGCCAACAGCGAUCCUGGACCAGUUACUCGAGAUCGCCCUGCCAGCACUGAGUCUACUCCCACGAAAGCUCCUCCAAUAGUUCACCGGCACUCUGAUCCGCAUAUUCAUAGUCGACAGACGUCUACCGCUUCGCAUACCAAUGCGGGCACCGGCCCAUUUGACCCAUCCUUUUUACCGCCCCCGCAGGGCUUCCUUGAGUCUUCCGGGAAUGCACUUUCAUUCUCGUUAGAUGAGAACCCUGCCGGGCCAUCUUCGCCCUGGGAGGAUAACACGCUUGCUCCUAUGAUCUGGGAUGACCUGGGCUAA